AUGAAUACGGAAAUGUUAAUUGAAUUGGUCAGAGGGCGAUCUUGUUUAUAUGAUAUGAAUAUCAAAAAAUACAGCGAUCAUGCAUAUAAAGAAACCAUUUGGAGAGAAAUCGCUGCUAUAUUAAAACAACCUGUACAAGAUUGCAAAAAAACAUGGACAAACUUGCGAGACUCAUUUAGAAGAGCUCAAAAAAAUGCGGUGACCAAAUCAGGACAAAAGUCUAAACUUUUAAAAAAAUGGAAGUUUGAAGAAGAGUUGCAGUUUUUAAAAGCGCAUAUGAAAGAAAGAGAAUCCAUGAGUAACAUCGAAUCAGUGAGUGAUGACGAUGAAGAACUGUUUGAAGGGGAUAAUGAAAUAUGUCUACCCGAAAAGAACACUGAACUUGAUACUGAUCCUUCCUGUAAUGAUACUUAUUUUAAUAAUUUAAGUCCAUGCACGUCAACACCAUCACCAAAAGAAUUUCGCCAACCAAUUAUGGCCAAAAAAAAAAGCAAGGUAUCAAUUUCUCCUUCAGAAACGGCAUCUUCAUCUUUAAUGAAGUAUAUAUUAGAAAAAAGAAAUGAGGAAGAUCUGAAGGAAAAAAAUGAGCCAAGUGCUAUUGAUCAAUUUUCUUUGAGCAUGUGUUCUACCGUCAAGCAAUUUUCGCCAUAUCAUCAGUAUCUGGCCAAAACAAAAAUGUUUGUCAUCGUUUCAGAGAUAGAAUUAGAAAACUUGGGAAAUGUACAACAGCAACUAUUUCAUCCGCGCUCACAAUCUAUAUCAAACUUUGAUGUACAACCUCAGGUGCAAGCAGUAGCUCCUCAGAUACCUCCAGGUCAAAGUCAACAUCAUUUUCAGUCACAAUUCAACAGUUUAUAUCCACUUCAACAACAUUCUGAAGAUAGUCAAGAGGCACAAAACUUAACAUCUUCAGCAACCAGUUAUUUCCAACAGUUUCAAGCAGAUACAGACAGAAUAUAA